UGCAGCCUCUUAACUUUGUAAACAUGAUUCAGUGAACUAUUUUACGUACAUAGUGUUAAAAUAGGUACCGAAAUGAAAAUUGGAAUUUUGUGGAUCUUUUUGAACUUCGCUAGAAGUUGUUUGGGUGUGAAACUGCUCGAAGCAAAUCCAGACGUAAAGCGUCUAUACGAUGAUUUACUCAGUAACUACAACCGCCUUAUACGGCCAGUCACAAACGUGAGCGAUAUCUUAACCGUGAGACUUGGCUUAAAACUGUCCCAGCUGAUGGAAGUUAAUUUAAAGAACCAAGUUAUGACCACAAAUUUAUGGGUAGAACAGAAAUGGUACGACUACAAACUUACGUGGAACCCUGAGGAAUAUGGCGGUGUGGAGAUGCUGUAUGUUCCGUCUGAACACAUCUGGUUGCCAGACAUUGUACUGUACAACAACUGGGACGGAAAUUAUGAGGUGACCCUAAUGACGAAAGCUACUCUCAAGUACACUGGCGAGGUGAACUGGAAACCGCCUGCAAUAUACAAGUCUUCGUGUGAGAUUAACGUUGAAUAUUUUCCCUUCGAUGAACAAACUUGUUUUAUGAAGUUCGGUUCUUGGACUUAUAACGGAGCUCAGGUGGACUUAAAGCACAUGGACCAGUCCCCAGGGAGCAGUUUAGUUCACGUCGGUAUAGACCUAAGCGAAUUCUACCUAUCGGUGGAGUGGGAUAUUCUAGAAGUGCCUGCUACCAGAAACGAAGAGUACUAUCCUUGUUGUACUGAGCCUUUUUCAGAUAUAACUUUCAAACUAACAAUGCGUAGAAAAACGUUAUUCUACACUGUAAACCUGAUCAUUCCGUGUGUAGGACUCACGUUCUUGACUGUACUUGUGUUUUAUCUACCAUCUGACUCUGGGGAGAAGAUUUCUUUAAGCAUCUCAAUCCUGGUGUCGCUGACGGUGUUUUUCCUGCUAUUGGCGGAAAUAAUCCCGCCUACAUCGCUGGCAAUACCGUUGUUAGGAAAGUAUUUAAUCUUCACCAUGAUUCUGGUCUCGCUAAGCGUUUGGAUGACAGUCUGCGUUUUGAACGUGCACUUUAGGUAA